AUGUACGCUGCGCCGCCGAACGACCGCACGCAACUGCAGGAGGCUCUGCAGCGACUGCAGCAUGAGAAGGGUGAGGCAGACGGCAUGUUGCGCAUCCUGACGUCCAAACUGAAGGAGGCGGAGGAGGAUAAUUUUGAUUUGCGCGCCAGUAUGUCACUGUUCGAGACGGAGACGAAAUACGAGAGCGACAAGAAGGAGCGCGAGAUGCAGAAACGGAUGGCGGCACUCGAGUCCAAGCUCGCUUUCAUGUCCGAAAAGCUGCAGAACGCUGAGCGUGUCAAGCUGCGUGCCAUCAAGGAGGUGGAGGAGCUGCAACAGAUGCAUACCAUCGAGACCAAGCGCCGUGACGCCGAACGUAGACUGAUGGCCACCAGACGCCGCAAACACGAGAGCUUCCUGGCCGCCAGUCAGUCUACGAGGAUGUCCCAGCAACACUCACAGCUUUCGCAGCAGGUGACGCGGCCGCCAUCGGCGCUAGUGGUGGAAACUGCCGUCCAGACAGAGCUGAAGCUCGCUGACGAGGGAGGAGAGAGUGGCAGUGGCGGUCUGAAGGAGGAGAACGCAAGACUGGUAUCAUAUCUAUUGACGGGGACUUCCAGGGAUUUACUUACACUUUUGAAUGGCACUGUGCCUGUGGAAGCUGGGGAAAAUGCGCAGCCUAAUCCUGAUGAUGACCGAACGCAACCGCUACAAGGAUGCCAUAGCUCGACUCCGUCGCAGUUUUUUCAAGGAUCAUCAAGCAAUUCGCUAAAUGACUCGAUGCAGCAAUCGGCCAGUGGAGUUCCGUUCUCGCAGAGUGUAUUCUCGCAGCUUACGGGGAGAGCUUCCGCUCAAGCACACGCGUCGAUUUUGAGCGUUGCUAGGGGGACCAAUGCGACACAGAAUGCGUUGGCAACGGAUCGUGCACGAGAGCUGUACGAUGUGAUUGGAAUAAUGCUGACAGGAGAUGUUUCUGCUGUUGCUCUUGCACCUGUGCUCGUGAAGUACCUCACGGCGCCAACAGAUUUGGAGUGGGGGAUAAUUUGCAGUGUGUUGCGCGUCAUGUACUCGGUGAUGCAUCACAGUGCGCAUUUCCAGCACUUUCUACUUGUGGCAUCGUCGCCUUCUGAUGACUCCUCGUCUUCAGUUUCCAGGCUGCAACGUAACAUGAACAGAAUGGACCACCCGCGAAUUGCACUAUCCGGUCUGCGCUUUACCUCGUUGGACGAUUACUUAUCAGUUCGAUCGGAUUAUGAAUCGGUGGUUCAGAGCGACCUGCUGCAGUCAUCUGCAGCAGAAGUUGCUUCAGAACAGCGGCAGCUUUGUUUGAAGCUAAUAAGUGCAGUGUGUCGAGUUAUAAAGAACAAUCUCAAGGAGCCUGCCGUUGUGAAAGAUGGUCUGUGCGUACUGUGCUUUUGGGUCGACCUCGGACUUACGCAUCGGCCGGCAUUAAGCCCAGACGUUAAGCCCUUGCUGGCAAGCAACGUAAUCCCAUCUAUUCUGUUGGCACCAAAGGGUCUUCCCGCCGUCAAAGCAUUAGCACUUGGUCUGCUAUCCCAGCUACUACGCGUUCCAGAAGUUUUCACAGAAGUGGAGGCCGAGUCCAAGAAAUCAUUGCUAUUUAACCGAUGCGCCAAAAUGCUGGCUCUUGAAGGCGAUAUUUCUGUGGAUGAGGCCAAGAAUUUACGAACACUUCGACACCAGAUAGUAAGGCUGCUGCUCUCGAUUAUUACGUCGUUCCCUGCCGAAGGAAUUCGAUUCGUGCUUGAAAGCACUCACGGCCUCCCCGGCGACGCGGAUGGAUACCGGUCAGUUAUUUAUUAUCUGGCCCAGCUCCUUCACCAGGAGACUUUUCGUGCACGUACAACAAGCGUCGACGGUGAAAGUUCCGAUACGCAGGGGCUGCUAAAUGACAACUUUCGUAUGGAUCUCAUCCAAGAUUCACUUGGGCUGUUGGGGCUUCUUUCGCGCUAUGUGGAUGUACGAAGCGAGCUGGGUGGCGAUGACCAAGUGCAAACGUUUCACGGGACUUUGUAUUUUCUUAGCAAUCUUACCCAAGUCGGCGACGGCAGCAGUAGUCGAAACGACUCGAUUGCGGCAUCCGCGCGCACCUUACUUGCGAUGAUGAACUUCCUGGGCGAUAAAGGAUGA